UUUUAUUAGAAUUUUUGAUUGAAAAUUGAAUAAAAAGUGAGGAACGAUCUUUUAGAUUAUUGUCACUAGUUCACCGUUUAGGUGUAUAACAGCAAAGAUGCGUGUCUGGCUCCUCGGUUUUUUAGUAUUUCUCAUGCUGGGCUUGGCCCUUGGCAAACAGCCUUCUUAUGUUCUUCGACUGUUCACAACGGAAGAACCUAAACCUGGCUGUUGUUCUAAUACGCCUUCCGAAUCAAAAAAAGACUCUACAACCGCUAAAAGUACAUCAAAUAUUCAUUCAUCAACUGUAAAACCAACGAUAGGCCCUACAGUUGCUGAUAGAACUAGACCAAAUCGGAAAUCUCCUACUGCAAAACCAACGAGGGGCUCUACUACAGCUGCUGGAAGUACACCGAAGGGAAAUCCUCCUGCUGCAAAACCAACUAAGUCACCUUCAAAGAAACCAACUAGAAAGAGAAAACCGGGCAAUUACAUGGGUUUGGACAAAGCUACUUGGAAGAAAAUUAGGAAAUACAUGAGAAGAUAUACAAAGAAAAUCGUGUCGAUCGUGUAUAACAAACUGUCGGAAGAAGGAAAAUGCCAGAACGAAAGCGUACUGAGGGCAGCCAACGUAGACAACAUCGAUAACUGGACGGACGUUGUGCAAAACGAGAAACACAUGUUGGACGAAGUAUACAAAACCGUUAACGGUCAAAGAUUCACCCUGGAUACACAUCCGGUCUGGAGUACGUUACCUAAAGAAUGCGGAAUCGGACGUACACCCGAUCGCAUCGUGGGGGGCCGCGAAGCCGUCUUGGGCCAGUUUCCCUGGAUGGCCCGAUUGGGAUACGAUCUGGAAGAGGGUUUUCCCAGGGAGUACUUAUGCGCCGGCGUGUUGGUUAGCAACUGGCACGUCAUCACUGCGAAACACUGCUUUAUGGAGGAUCGAGGUGCCGCCUUGAAAUCGAUCCGAUUGGGAGAAAACUACGCUUUCGACGAUAAAGAUUGCGAGAAUAAAAUUUGCGCACCCCCGGUACAAGAAAUUCCGGUGAAAUGGUACCGCUCCUACAAUCAGUUUGACGAGGAAAUGGUCCGGGAAUUGGGUACCAGAAACAUCGAAACUUACGGUGAUCUUACUAUUAUCAAACUUGCCGAACCGGCAGUGUUCAACGACUUUGUAUCGCCAAUAUGUCUACCCAGAGGAGAGUUAUUGAAAAACCUCCCAGCUGUCCUAAAGGAUAAAAUGUUAACGGUGACUGGUUGGGGCAGCUUACAUGGUAACGUCGUAAAAUACUCCAAUAAGUUGCAGUACGUUAGACUACCGCUGGCGAAUAUGUCAGAGUGCCGUGCCAUUUUCCCGAAAAAUCCCAUAGACGAUAGUAUGCUGUGCCUUGGCAAAGGGGAUGGGCAUGAUUCCUGCGAAGGUGACUCGGGUGGUCCUGCUAUGGUGCCAGUAGAAGGAACCGGACCUCCUAGGUAUUACUUAAUAGGAGUCGUGUCCUAUGGCAUUAGAUCCUGCGGUAGAGCAGCCGCCGUUUACACCAACGUUACGCACUACAUGGAUUGGAUAUUGGAUACUUUGAUACCCAUUAAAAUAGCAACAUAACCCGCGUACUCGAUAUAUUUAAAAAAAACAUUAAUUAAAAGUGUAUUUAUUAUUAACUAUACAAAUAUUUGUUUGUUUAUAUUAUUUGUGGCUUACUAGGGAGGCAUUUACGAGACAAUUAUUUGGAAGCAAUAUUGCAAAAACCUCAGAUUUUUUAUUAAGUUUUAAGAAAAAAAAUGAAUAAAAACAUUAUUCUAAGGUAA